AUGCCUGCACUCGCAUCCGCUCGCUACGGCAAGGACAAUGUCCGCGUCUACAAGGUCCAGAAAGAUGGCAAUACCCAGACCGUCACCGAGAUGACCGUCUGCUGCCUUCUUGAAGGUGACAUCGACACGAGCUACACCGUCGCCGACAACAGCGUUGUCGUCGCCACCGACUCCAUCAAGAACACCAUCUACAUCAAGGCCAAGGAGAACCCCAUCAACCCUCCUGAGCUCUUCGCUUCUAUUCUGGGAACCCACUUCCUCGAGAGGUACAAGCACAUCCACGCUGCCAACAUCAAGAUCGUCCAGCACCGCUGGACCCGCAUGGCCAUUGAUGGCAAGCCGCACCCUCAUUCCUUUUACCGGGACGGCGAGGAGACCCGCAAUGUCGAGGCCCGCAUCUCCCGCAAGGAGGGCAUCAACCUAACCAGCUCCAUCCAGAAGCUCACCGUCUUGAAGAGCACCGGGUCCGCCUUCCACGGCUUCGUCCGCGACGAGUACACCACCCUCCCUGAGACCUGGGACCGCAUCCUGUCGACCGACGUGGACGCCUCCUGGACCUGGAAGUUCGCCGACCUGGCCGCUGUCAAGGCCGCCGUGCCCAAGUUUGACCCCGCGUGGCAGGCCGCCCGUGAGAUCACCAUGAAGACCUUUGCGCAGGACGAGAGCGCGAGCGUGCAGAACACCAUGUACAAGAUGUGCGAGCAGAUCCUCGCCGCCGUGCCCGAGGUCCUGACCGUGACCUACUCUCUCCCUAACAAGCACUACUUUGAGAUCGACCUCGGCUGGCACAACGGGCUCAAGAACACAGGCAAGGACGCCGAGGUCUACGCUCCGCAGUCCGGCCCCAAUGGUCUGAUCAGGUGCGAGGUCGCCCGUAACAAGAAGGCGGUUGCCAAAUUGUAA